AUGCAAUGCAAGGAAACCUGUGUCAAGGCCGGGGAGGAAUGUGUCUUCCCCGGUGACAAACGCGCUCCACGACAAUUGAACCGUCUGCCAGUGGGCGAGCUGCUUACGCGCCUCAAAGAUCUGGAGAGUGAGGUGCAGGAGCUUCGGUCUAAAAAGUCGCAUAGCGACUCUGAGAAGGCUGCUCAGCGGACUAUCCAAAACAGUGGCUCCAAUGUAUUCGGCCUACCGGGGACGGAAUUGUCGGACAGCCAAUUGAAGCCGGACGAUGAUUUUCGGCACCAAUAUCUCCAGCCUGGGCAGAGUAAGGCUUUAUGGACAUUGUAUCAAGAUAAUGUCGCGCCAUUGGUUGCUAUCCUCCACAUACCCACGACACGUCAAUUGAUUAGCAAUGCGGUUGACGGCGUAGAGCUCAACGCCGCACAGAAAGCAUUGCUAUUUUCAAUCUGCUUUUCAGCUGUGAUCAGUAUGACACCCAAAGAGUGCAAAUCCAAGGUUGGCCAGGAGCGUUAUGUUGCAAGGCAGGACUACGGAAAUGCUGUAGAAAGGGCCCUGGAUGAUGCAGAUUUCCUCAAGUCCAAGGAUAUAUCGACACUCCAGGCUGCAGUGCUCUUUCUGCUAUGCUCUCGAGCCGGCGGGAAUACAAGGCUCAUCUGGGUAAAGGCAGCAGUUGUCAUCCGCCUUGCUCAAAGCCUCCAAGUACAUCGUGACGGGGAAAAACUCGGUCUGACACCCUUCGAAACCGAGAUUCGUCGCCGGCUAUGGUGCUACAUCUGCAUACUGGAUACGCUAUCCUCCGAGGACCAAGCAGUUGAUACUCAAAUCAGACCUGGCAUGUUUGACGCACAGUUCCCAUCGAAUAUUGAUGGAGAUGAACUUUCUCCAGAUAUGGCCGGAAUACCGCCUGUAACGAAAAUAUUCACAGAUAUCACGCCCUGCAUCAUGACAUGCAUGGUCCUCAACGAUGUAUACUGGUCCUCGACAUCACUCGAUCAGAGUUUACCGAUGUCUCUCCGAGUUCAAGAAGAGCGUGUCACGAAAGUGGGCAAAACUCUACAGGAGAAGUAUUUGAGACACAUGGACCUGAACAUUCCCUUGCAAUGGAUAUCUGCAACCAUUAUCCGGCUUCAGCUGUCGAGGGCAUGGUUGCUGGUGCAAAUACCCUCGGACACACUACCAAUGACGGACCCCUACAACGACACAGCAUUCGAGACUGCUGUAGAAGGCGUCAACUUCUCCUACCUAUUGCAGACGAAUUCAGUCACUGCGCAAUGGAGUUGGCUGUGCAAAAGCUAUAGACAGUGGCACGUCAUGGCAUAUAUUCUCUCAGAGUUAUGUACUCAUCCGUUGUGCCCAGAGACCGAUCACGCCUGGGAUUUGGUCACAAAGAUGUUGGUUCAGUGGCAGCAAAAUUUCCCGAAAGAUACGGCCUUGGAGAAACCCUUGAACGAGCUGGUGGAGCGGACAGCCGCCGUGCGAGCGACCAAACUGGCAGGCCAGCCUGGACCGGAGGAAGUCAAUAUCCAAGAUGAGCAGGGGAGUGGCUCCUCAGGCUUCUUGGAACUGGGCUUUAGUAUUGAUUGGCUGCGUGUAAUUGGACUCUAG